AUGGCAAAUUCUGUGUGUUUCACCCCUUUAGCUUCAUUGAACACUUUCAAUAAACCAGGUUUAAUUAAUGGAAAUGGGAAUUGCGCUGGAAGAAAGAUUCAAUUGAUCAAAGAUGUUACCUUCAACUCCAAGAGUAACUUAAGAGUCGUAGAAGUGAAGGCCGCUGACAGUGAUAAAGAAACAAAAGUAAGGAGCAUAGUCUGUCAAAAGUGUGAGGGAAAUGGUGCAGUGGCGUGCUCACAAUGUAAAGGCGUUGGGGUUAACUCCGUUGAUCAUUUCAACGGGCGGUUUAAAGCCGGUGGACUGUGUUGGCUAUGCAGAGGUAAAAAAGAUAUAUUGUGUGGCGACUGCAAUGGAGCUGGAUUUCUUGGUGGAUUUAUGAGUACGUUCGAUGAGUAG